AUGCCACCGAAGCCAAAAACCCCAAAGGCCCCGAGCCGUCCCGCCACCGCCCCCAAGAAGAAAGCCGACACGCCAAAGGAUCCAACUUCUAGUAAGCCGGCCAAGAAGCUCAAGAUUGCUCGGAACCGCAAAAACGACGGCAAUGACGAUAUUCUCGCUCCCGGGACGGAUCCGAAAAGCUUCAUACAAUUACACAAAGGCGAAGGCCAGGUCGGCUCCUACGCCAUGUUCGGCCGCCGGAACGAGUUCCGCAAGUUCAUCCUGUCCAGCCUAAGGGACGUACUAGAGUACAUCCGUGACCAGGAGAAGGAAAUGAAGCUCGAGGAAAGCCCCAUCGACGUAUACCCAAAGCAGAGCGACAAUAUCCACGCGGUUCAACGAACCGCCCUCGCAUGCGCACAGCUUUCCAGACAGGUUGAGAGGGCUUCCGGGCAAUGGCCAUUCGACCAAGAGCAGGAGAAGAAGGCUGUCAGCGCGUUCAAGGCCCUGACAGGAAAGCAAGUACCCGAGUUUGAUCGGUCGACCGUAAGGGUGAAGAGCUUCGGCCCGCACACCAAGUACGGCGAGAGUGACUUAGAGCCAUACAGUCGCGCGUUCAACGUCAUCAUGUAUCUUUCGUGGUCAUUGAGCCCCAAAGUAUGGAGCACAAGGUUCGAAAAUGCCAAGUGGGACGAGGAGGUCCGGUUUAGUACAGCUCACGUCCCGCAUUGGAUGCGGGAGCGAGACGGCACAAAGAAGCCCGCCAAAGCCCCAGACCAAGCAACAAAUACAUCCGAGCCGCCCAAACCGAACCCGGAAGUGCUUGUAUCUUGGAAGAUGACUUCCCUUUUUCCUAAACAACGAGAGCUCACGGAAUGGUUAACAGAAAUCGGGCUGGUCGACAACAUCCCAAGUGAACUCCCGAUAACAAUCAGGCCGACAGCAACCCGCGCAGAAGUCCGCGACAUCAUCCGAGCCAAGUUCCAAUUGGAUCAGAACCAGGCCCAGAUCGCAACACUGCAGGUGAAGAGCUCGUUGUCGAACAUCAUGAAGAAGUAUCGUCUGCGCUGCCACGGGCAGGGGAAGUCGAGACGAAGGAGGACGUCGCCAUGA